ACUUCUAAUUCUUGUAUUGAAUUUAUUAAUGAGCGCUUCUCGACAUGUGUAUUUAAUGUGGAACCUAGAAUGCUUUAUCAUUUCGACAUUUCUGAUCUUGGUUUGUAAAUGUGAACUUAAAAUAUAUUCGUUUAAUAGAAUUAGCGAAAUUUCACUUUAUCAUCAUGUUACAUCCCGACGAUACUCGCAACGUUCGCCCUAUUCUCCAAAAUUAUAAUUUUUUUUUCUUUCAUUAUUCUUUACCUCUUUCUCCCUUCUCUUCCCAUUUCUCUUAUUAUUCUUCCUUAUUCCCGUUUCGAGUGAGAAAUGAAAAAUUAUUUUUGCGAAAGUUGCAAUUUAUUGAAUUUUACUUUCGUGGUAAGGAGAAAUAAUCCUUUAAUUUUCAUACAUAGUUAAUCAAGAAUAUGUGAUAAAGUUACAGAUUUCAUAUUUGAUGGUGUGUGAAUUACAUUAAAAUAAAAACUACCUAUAGUGACAAUUUUCAUUAAACUUAUUUGUCGGACUUCAAUUUAUUUAUAUAGUAACGUAAGAUAUAUAUAUAAAAGUUUUAUAAACUUUAUAAGUAAACUUUAUAUAUAGAAAUACACAUCUCAUUAUUAUUAAUUUUGCUGAAGUUAUAACUCGUUUAAUUUUGUAGCCAACCAAAAAGAAGUACAAAUACCAAAAAUAUUCAGAGAAAAAUUGAUUCUUCGAUUGAAAAUGGGAGAGCAUCGAUUGAAUAGUCGAUCAUCGGUAUUCUGAUGGUCGCGAACCACGGAAUUCUGUCAUGGUCAAAGUACCAUAACCUUAAAGUUCAAAUUUACCAUAACCUGUUUCAUUCUGCUUUUCUUCCGACUAUCCGUUUAAUGGAAAACGAAGUCUGAUAGAUGAGAAUCGCACGUUUUGUAAGUAAUGUCAUAAUAGGCAUCCCAGUCGGGAUCGCUUUUUGUGACAUAGUGGGAUAUGUAGCCAGGGUAGAAGGAAUCUCUAUGCAGCCUGCAUUGAAUCCAGAUACAAGGUAUCCUGAUUAUGUGUUCUUAAAUCGCUGGGCUGUUCGGAAUCAACAUAUACAACGUGGUGACGUGGUGUGUGUUAUAUCUCCCAAAGUACCAAGUCAGACGCUCAUCAAGAGAGUUGUGGGACUUCCUGGAGAUAUCAUAGACACGCAUGGAUAUAAAAUCAAUGCUCUUCAAGUGCCGGAAGGAUAUUGUUGGUUAGAAGGAGAUCACACCGGACAUUCUUUGGAUUCUAACACUUUUGGGCCAAUCUCCCUUGGUCUAGUGAUAGCGAAAGCAACAUAUAUCGUUUGGCCACCAAACAGGUGGCAGCAAUUGCAUUCUGCAAAGUUCAAUCAUGAGAGCUGUUAGUUUUGUAAAAAAAUUCCAAUGGGAGC